AUGGCGGAGGACGGGAGCGUGUGUGCUGCGUGUGGGCAGCCGGCCAAGCUGCAGUGUCCGAAGUGCAAGGAGCUGGAGGUGGCGCCGGAGCACAGCUUCUUCUGCUCGCAGGACUGUUUCAAGAAGAACUGGGCCGCACACAAGUCGAAGCACGUCACCCACGGCUGGUUGUACUGCACGAACAAGGGAGCGGGCCGAGCCAAGGUAUGUCCGGACUUCAAGUGGACGGGCGCGCUGCGGCCGCACAAGAUCGGGCCGACGCGGGAGGUGCCGUCGGAGAUCGUGCGCCCGGACUACGCCGAGGGGGGUGUUCCGUACUCGGAGAUUGAGUCGAAGCAGCAGCAGAUCAUCAAACUGCGCACCCCGGAAGAGAUCGAGACGCUCCGGUCCGUGUGCCGGCUCGCGCGGGAGGUGCUGGACGCGGCGCACCGGGCCGUCAAGCCGGGCGUCACGACCGACGAGAUCGACCGCGUCGUGCACGAGUACGCGGUCGAACACGGGUCGUACCCGUCGCCGCUGAACUACUUCAACUUCCCCAAGUCGGUGUGCACGUCGGUGAACGAGGUGAUCUGCCACGGCAUCCCCGACAAGCGCGAGCUUGAGGAGGGCGACAUCGUCAACGUCGACGUCACUGUCUACAAGGACGGGAUGCACGGUGACCUGAACGAGACGUUCGCGGUGGGCAAGGUGGACGACGCCAGCAUCAAGCUGAUGAAGACCGCGCACGACUGCCUGCACAAAGCCAUCGAACAAGUGAAGCCCGGCACACGCUUCAGGGACCUCGGGGACGUGAUAUCGCGGCACGCGACCUCGCAGAACCUGAGCGUCGUCAAGACGUACUGCGGCCACGGCAUUGGGGACCUGUUCCACUGUGCGCCAAACAUCCCCCACUACGCGCGCAACAAGGCAGUGGGCGCCAUGAAGGCCGGUCAGGUGUUCACGAUCGAGCCGAUGAUCAACGCGGGCGGCUGGAAGGACACGACGUGGCCGGACGGCUGGACCGCCGUCACGCUGGACGGCUCCCGCAGCGCCCAGUACGAACACACCAUGGUCGUCACCGAGACGGGGUGCGAGGUGCUCACGGCGCGGCUCCCGGACUCCCCGCCCCUCCCCUGGGAGCGGUAG